AUGAAUAAUCGAUGCCUAUUUUGUGCACAACGGACAACAACAGCGUGCUGUUUAGGCUGUCGUACAAUAGACCGAUCUACAAUGUUCGAGACUCUUUUAACAUUACUUGGUAAAGCACCCAUGGUCGGUAAUUACUAUGAUCAAAUCAAAGUUAUUUGUCACCAGAUUGAGACCUUGGAGUGGCUUUUGACACCGAUUCAAUUCACGCCCGUCACUCAUUUUGACCUAAAAGUUCAUAGAGUAGAUCAAGAAGCUAAAUUAUAUCUUCAACAAGCAUCUUUGGAUGUUCAAAAUAUGAUUCCAAUCGAGGUCGCUGCAGAUGUACGAACUUUAAUUGAACUCGUCAAGAAUGAAAUUUUCUACAACAAUCGUUUUAUGCAUAUUGUUGGACCACUGAAUGAAGUCAUGAAAAACAUUGCUCGCAAUUUUGCAUUUUCGGAACUUUAUGAAAUUGCAGCAUUGAGCAAUGUUCUCAAAUGCAAUAUACGAAGUAUAUAUCCCAUAAUUGAUUAUCGACCUCAUUUACACAUCAUGAAUAGUACUUUUGAACAUGCUCAGUACAGCAUUGUGUCCAAAGCAAUUUGUCUAUUUUGGACACAUACAGAAAGCGAAAUCGAUGCACGUAGAAGUAAUGCUGGUAACUGGUCACCUAAUCAUUUUGUGCCACUUUUACUUCCAUCAGACAAUUCUCAGAGUCAAAAUUGUCUAGCUCAACCGAAAAUCUCUGGCUCAGGCUUGACACCAACUAAAGCAACAACGAAAAAUAAUUCGCUUACUCAAGUACGCAUCCCUCAAUUUAAUCAGGAAGAUGAUGAAAGACGAUCAUUUCAAGUGCCAUCAACAGUUAUCAUGACAACCAACGAAAUUACAACUCCUCGCACCAAGCGUCGACUGCAAUUAGCGGAGACUUGUGCUAGCGUUGAAAGUACAAUUGUCGAACAGAAACGUAUGCAAGCCCGUGAAAGAAUGGCUGCUAAGAGAGCUGCAGCUACAUCAGAGGAAGCUGAGAGACAACGGAUACUUGCAAGGGAAAGAAGUGCAGCACGAAGAGCUGCCUUAACACAGGAGAAAGCCGAACAACAACGCACUCUUACUCGUGAUAGAAUUGCAGCUAGACGAGCUCUGCUAACACCAGAAGAAGUUGAACAACAGCGAUCUAUUGAUCGGGAAAUACAUGCAGCACGAAUAGCUGCCUUAACACCAAAAGAGGUUGAACAACAACGUAUACUUGCCGUUGACAGAAGCAUGACUAAACGAGCUACUGCGACGCCGAUAGAAGCUGAAGAACAGCGAGUACUAGCUCGUGAGAGAACUGCCGCCAGAAGAGCUGCCCGUGUGUCAGAAGAAGCCAAGCAACAACAAACUGUGGCUUACAAGACAACUCGUCUUCAGAAAACUGUCAAGCAGAAGCAAACAGUAAUGAAAAGAAAGCCAAAUCAAGAUGCAAAAGUUGAUUGGCCAAAACCAGUUGAUAUGGACUGCAAAAUUAACUGUUUGAAGAACUUCAUACAGCACAUGUCCAUGGAUUCUCUAGCGGAGUGUGUCUGUGGCAUCUGUAAUAUUCGUCGCUAUAAGCGUGACCUUCGUCAUGUACCUUUAAGUAAAAUUCCAUCGAUUGAAUUACUCAAGAUACAUCCCGAUCUUCACAGCAUGAUUCCGAAAAUUCAGGAAAUUAACAGCUUCAAUUCAAACGCUACCAAUAAAGUAUGGAUGGGAGAUAUGCCAAAACAACUACAAGGACUAACCAUUCCUGAGCAGAGACUUAUUGCUCUUUAUCGACACAACAGUUGCAUUGUAAAAUUUCAGUCCCCUUUUCAUUCGACUAGUACAGCUCAAUCAGCUUUAAAAGGAAACUGCAUAAGUUUUCCUCAAGAUGUUAUUAACAUAGCCACUACUUUACCAUUGGAAUUAGACGAUUUAUGUGACUCUCUAAAGAUUAUUUUUGUCGGGUCUCGCAUGCCACAAAGAAGCCAACUAAAACAUAUUUUGACUGUUCGAAAAAAGAAAAUUUAUGAUGCCCUCCAAUGGCUUAAUCAAAACAAUCCACUGUAUCGAUACAUUACAAUUAAUCAAUCAACAAUCGAUAAAUUACCUGAUGACGAUGUACCAGAGUGCUUAUGGGCAACAAUGGAAAUUUCAAACAAUACAGAAGCGGCAGAAAGUGAAAGGUCAAGUUAUAUUCCUGAUCCUUUGACCAAUGCAUCUGAAUCCAACACUACAACAACAGUACCAAUAACUGCUAGUGCUGUUUUAGAUGUUAACGGUACUACAGUUUCGUCUGAUGACGUUGUUGAGCACCUAUUAGGACAAAUGAAGAUACGGAUGUCAGACAAAAUGCUCGAAAGUCAAUCCGAGGAAGGUGCGGAACAAGAUCCCGUAUACAUGAUUCCUCGUGGUAACAAACCGGCCAAUGAAUAUUCUAAUCCAAAUCUUUUAUUGGGUGUCUUUCCUACGCUUUUUCCUUAUGGAUUUGGUGCACUUGAAGAUAGCUCUCGACCAGUUCAAAUCAAGUUUCGUGAGCAUGUGCGAUAUCUUCUUUCGUACGGAGAUCGUCGUUUUGAAGAGCACUAUUCAUUCAUAUUCGUUCUCUUCAAUAUUUUACAACGCCGUACCGCAUGCUUCCAUGCCCAACUAAUGACAUCAAGACCAUAUUUUCAACGAUCCGCACAGCUUCUUGAAACAUUAAGUUCUGAAGAUGUAGCAACAGCUCUGUUGAAUAUAUCCAAAGCGUCUUAUACCAAGGUUUCCGACGAAAGAAUUAAUACGCUUAUGAAGCACAUUAAAGUUGUUGGUGGACAUGUUAUGGGUUCAGCUCAUUCACGAUGGGCUCUUCGUACAAAAAUUCAUUCACUAUGUUUUAAUCUCGGUCUCCCGAGCCUUUUCGUAACAAUCAAUCCGGCCGACAUACAUAGCCCAGUAGCACUCUAUUUUGCAGGUGUUGAUCUAGAUCUUGAUCGGGUUCUCCCAGAAGUAUUGCGCACAAGUUAUGAACGUGCUCAAAUUAUCGCAACACAUCCUGUUGCCACCGCAAAAUUUUUCAACUGUUUGAUAAAGAGUAUCUUGAAAUGCCUCGUGCUCGGAGGUGUACUUGGUCCAACAAAAGCAUAUUUUGGCACUGUAGAGAGUCAAGGCAGAGGAUCGCUUCAUUUACAUCUCCUUAUUUGGCUCAAGCAUGAAUACACUCCAGCACAGUUGAAAGAAAACAUUCAAAAUCAAGAUUUUUGUGACAAUUUAUUGAAAUAUUUAGAAGAUGUUGUAAAAGAAGAUUUGGACCUAUUUCGAGAUGAAACCAACGAUGGAACCAGUACAGCAAGUGACAUCAGAGUAUCCAUUCAAGAAACUGACUCGAUAACAAAUGAAGUUGUACCGGCUUGUCUAUCAACGCCAAACCCUGCCUUGGAUGAUUUUCAUCAGAUUUUUUGCAAAGAUGUAGUUCGAUUAGUGGAAACUUCAAAUAUUCAUAAGCAUUCUACAACUUGCUAUAAAUAUUCGAAAGGCAAGUCUGAUACUUCAAAAACUUGCCGAAUGCGUAUGCCACGUGUACUUGUGAAGACUUCCAACAUCGAUCUCUCGACAGGUCAAAUAACUAUGCGACGAUCACAUCCGUGGAUCAAUAACUUCAAUGAAUGGCUCAUAAGUGCUUGA